UUGGAGAUUCUAAACCCUUAAGCCCCUUCGCCUCAUCUCGCCACUCUCUCUCCUCUUUCCUCUUCUCGCUAUUUCAGAGCUUCUCCGCCGUGAGUCGUCGCCUCACCGUCGCGAUUCGUCGCUUUUAGUUGAUUUGGAUUUUGUAAGGAGAGAGGAGAAGUAAAAGAGGUGUAUCGAUCGACUAUUAGCUAUGGCUUCUUCGUUAACCGGUGAUACUUCUCCAGAAGAAACUCAGGAAGUUUUGGUGGAGUUUCGUGCUGGUAAAAUGAAUUUUGAAGGAACCAGAGUUGUGCCUGAUACCCGUAAAGGACUUGUUCGCAUUGCAAGGGGUGGUGAGGGGUUACUCCAUUUUCAAUGGCUUGAUCGAACUCUAAAUGCUGUUGAAGAUGAUCAGAUUAUUUUCCCUGAUGAAGCCGUUUUUGAGAAGGUUAAUCAAUCGUCAGGAAGAGUUUACAUAUUGAAGUUUAAUACAGACGACCGAAAAUUCUUCUUCUGGAUGCAGGAGCCUAGUGCUGAAGGUGACUCAGAGUUGUGCAGCUCUGUAAAUUACUACAUCAAUAGACCUUUAGACUUCCUUAGUGAAGAAGAACCCGAUGCUUCUGUUCCACUACAAGUUUCUGAAGAUAUGAUGGAUGACGAUAUAUCAUCAAGAGCUGGAAACUUGAUUGUCCCAAACUUGGGUGCUGAAGUAUCUAGUGAUGUUUCCUCGUCAUCCGGUCCGGUUAAACUAGAAGAUUUGCAAAGGAUUUUGAGUAACAUUGGACCAGCAGAUGCAGCUGGAGACCCAGAUGGAGGCUUGGGACUUGAUGAUAUAUUGAAGCCUGAUUUGAUAAUGCCAUUGAUAGAGACAUUGCCAUUGGAACAACAUUUAGCAUCUUACUUACCAGAGGGCCAGUGGUCACCUGAGGAUAUAUUGGAGUUGUUGCAGAGUCCGCCUUUCCGACAACAAGUGGAUUCAUUUACAUAUGUACUUCGAACUGGACAGAUAGAUUUGACUCAGUUUGGAAUUGACCCAAGUAACUUCAAGUUUACAGUGUUGUCCUUUCUGGAGGUGCUGGAGGAUUCUGUGUCGAAGACAUCGGAAACAAGACAAGAUGAGAAGGAUUUGAGAUCUCAAUCUUGUAACCGAAAUGAACCGAUGGACGAGUCCUAGUAGCAGUGUGCUCUUGUCAAGAAAGAAACUCCAUCAAAUCCCUGUUGUUCAGUUGUCCUUUGUUGAUUUUUGGACCUUAUUUUUGUAUCUUUGGUAUUUACUACAUUAAUUGUGAUCCAAGAGAAGAAGGGAGGAAAGCAUAUCGGUGUUUCAUGUUUGAACAUUUCCAAUAAAUUUAAUUUAAAGGUUUUUUUCCUUCUCUUUUCUGUAA